GUUUUUUCGCGUUCGCUUCUACGCGUCUGUAGAACGCGCAAACGUUUAACAGACAAAAAAACGUAUAAUUGGACCAGCGGACGCGCGCGGGCGCGAAUGUUAUCGCGCUCCUCGAAUUUUAUGAUGCCCCGAGGCCGACUGUACUGGCAUUCGAUCGCCUAAAAUAUUAUCAAACACCGGUGCACCGUUAUCGUCGCUAUUGUUGUUGUUACUUUAGCCGCAGUGGCCGCGUGUAAUUGUAAAUCUCUGUACGGGGUAUGCCUAACGUGCCUGAGACGCCGGACGCGCGCAACGGACCACCGCGGUCACUCGCGCGUUGACUGCGACGUCGUCAACACCGGCCAGUCGGUUUUGCCAGUUCGCGUCCCCGUCCGUCGGCAUUAUCCGUUCGGUCCACGUUCCCGCGUCGAGUUUCUCCGGGACAACGGCGGCGAUCAGCCGUAAUAACAACACGGAAUACAUUCAGGUCAGUGCGAAAAUGUCACGUAUACUCAGUUUCUGUUUUUUUUUUUUUUUUUUUUUUUUUUUUUUUGAGGCGAUCGCAUCGCGACUUAAACGGCCGGCCGGCCGACCGAAUACAAUAAUAUUGUGUUGAAUACCAUACCGUCGACUGUAAACGUCGAUAUAUAUAUAUAUAUAUAUAUAUAUAUAUAGGUACCUAGAUAUUUACGAAUACGACAGCCCAUAUUAUUACGCAGUCGUUGUACAGCUAAAUAAUGUUUUUGCUAUAAUUAUUCGUGGGACGUGGGUAAAAAUCCGUGUUUCGAUCGGGCGGCUACUAAUCGUUUAUUGUUUCGCCUCGAGUAUGAAUAAUGUUCUGCACGCCACUGUGCGGAGCCGUAAUUUCUUAUACGGUCCACGCCGUUCGCACGGGGAAACGUCGUAACAAUGGAUUGCGGAAAAAUACGAUUAAAACAGCCCGGACACUUUGGAAAUUAAAAUUUUAAAAAAAGAGACCAUUACAAACCAAAAAUAAAACAAAAAACAUUUAUUCGAAUUUGCGAACAGCUGAAAUAAAAAUGUAGGAAAAAAACAUCGUUCACUACAUACUAUAAUAAUUACGGUUUUUGUACAGCGACACGAGCGAAAGUACACAGGUUUCCCAUUUGAGAGUAUAUUAAUACACAAAUAUAUUAUAUAGCUGACGUACAAAAUAUUAUUGAACUUGUAUUCAAUCGAAUCCACGCCCGAUUCUCGAAUCGUAGUAUUAUGACAUUAUUAAAAUGUCUUUGGUAUCUGGGAAACAAAGGCUCGAGUCGAUUUUGUAUGUUUGUAAUACGAGCUAAUUAAUUUUCGAGAAUUUCUAAACAACGGCUAAACGGCGGAUAAAUCGCUAUGUAACAUAAUAAAAUAUGAAAUUAAAAAUCGUACAAAAUCGACGGCUCGUGCCUUUUUUGCCCGCGAACAAAUGCAUAGCUCGAAAGCAAUUUUAUAUUCAGUGCAACGUAUUGCACGAUAAAAUAAUAUAAACACGCGUGCCAUUCAUACACAAAAGCAGAAAAAAGUAAAUAUUAUUGCUUAACAAAGACGAACAAGUUAUGAAAAAAAAAAAUCGCUAUUUCUCAAGGAGCUAGGGCAAUAUACCUUUACGAUUGGAGUUUUCGUAAAUUGUACGACCGUUUUCGAACGUUAAAUAAUACAUUACCUAUAAUAACAGUUAAACAGUAAAUAUCGGUGUGAUACGGGUCUUUUAUAUAUAUAUUUUGUAAAACUGUCGGUUAUUUUAAAAAAAAAAAAAAAUAUUUCAAUGGUAAUCGUAUAUACGCAUAUCGUAUAACUAGGUAUACCUACCAAUAAAAUUAUCGAUUAGAUUUUUUGUAUUUUUUCAAUGUGGAAUUAUGUACUUUUUAAUUAUCUCCACAAUCGGACAAAAUAUGUAUAAAACGAUUAUCGAACAGUAUUUCAAAAAGAGAUUAUAAUAUAGAGAUUGAGAAAUACUUCUUUUGUAGUAGACCAGCAUUUAAUAGCAUUUGUGCGGUGUCCGUGUAAGGUUAUCGUUUUUUUUUUUCCAUACAGAUAUCAACCGUUUAACCCGGGUUUAUUGUGAUUAAUAUUCUCGCGAUCAACAGAAAAACGUUCAUCAUGUAUACUAAAUACAAUACAAUAAACAAAUAAUGAAUAUGAAUUCGAUUAGGUUUUACAGUCGAUACAGUAGGUUUUAAAAGUCAGUACCUAUAUAAAGUAAAAAAUAAAAUAGAAUAUUAUUCGAAAAUAACUUAAACUAGUUAAAAAUAUUGAUUGACUUGCCCAGCUUACAGUUCAAAUAAUAUAGUAAUACUUAAAAUAGUUUAAAACAACCCUAGAAAUUUCCUAUAAUAAUAUUACACCUAUAUUAUUUUUAUUAUUUUUUAUAAUAAUGCGAAUAUUUCCGCUUUGAAGUAUCGUCGGCUACGCAAUAAAAACUUCGUAAAUCGUUUUUUCUUUUUGUUUUUCGCAUCUCUAAAAAAACUUUUUUAUCAGAAGACUCGUUUCAAUCGAAAACAUUACGGAAACUUUCUUGUAGCCUUUGUGAUCUAGUUAGUGCAUUGAGGUGAUUAUUUUCUUUGUAAUUUUCUUAACAACAGUUUUCAUGCCACAGUCUCGUCAAAUCUGUUUAAGUCUACGUGUACGAGGUUUUGCUGAAUAGCCGACGGUACACAGUUUCAUUAAUUAUUCCUAGUGAUAGUAUUAUAGACGAUAAAGUGUCAUUAUUUUAUUUAAAUUUAAUUAUUAUUAUUAAAAUGAUGUUCUAAACAAAAUUCAGUAGACAAUAACAAUAUUGGAAUCAUAGGACGUAUAGGUCAACUGCAUCAAGUGCAGAAGAAAAAAAACAAUAUUUUCAAUAUUUAUCAAUAAACUCUGUAAGAUUCAUAUAUUUUCAAGUUUACUAGGUAUGUAUAGGUACCUGUAAUUGUAUGGCAUAGCUUUUUCGUGCUCAAAUACAAUUAUAAAACCAAUAACUAUAAUAUAUUUAUCCUAACAUAUGGCCGAAAAAAACGUUUAAUGACGGGAAGGCAAGUUGUGAACAAUAAAAGUAAAUAAAUCCCAGAGUUUCCGUCUAUUGGCAUAUUCAUAACCCGACAAUGGUGAUUAAAAACCAGAAUCUAAAAGAGCCUGCAGUUUGUAUUCGAUAAAUUCGGCUUUUCGUAUAGUAACUUGGCUGAACUAUAUACUUUACAUAUAUAUUAAAUUUCCAAGUAAAUACGCGUAUAGUUGUUGUAUAUUUAAAUCAAUAGUGGGAGAGGGGGCAUAAAACGCUAUACGGUUCGGAAAAAGUUUGUCGAGUCAUCGCUCGAAGCAUAAAAUAUUACUAAGAGAUUACGCUAGGGGUUUAUAACUUUUAGUAAAGCUUAUAAGUUUAUUGUUUACGCAACUUUUACCGAUCGGCCGCCUUUUUUCGCGACAAUCGAGCAUAUACGGUCUAUAACGUUCUAUACAAUAUUAUCUUUUAUAUCUUUACUUUUUACAUUUUUACAGACACUGCGGGCGAUUUUCACGGGUCGAGUGUUCGCCGUUCAUCUGUAUCGCAAGAAUACGGCUAUACAUGCAAUUAUAUUACGUACCUAUCUGCUUGUACGAUAAACAAUAAUAUAGUAUGGACCGUCAACCGGAAGUGCCGCAGGAAGGAGAUUCGGACGCAAACGGCGUCGGCACGAACAAAGCACCGGAUAACACUACUGCAGCCACAAACGGCUUUCAGCAAACCAACGGCGACAGCAGCCAUAAUCACAAUGCAAAAUCGAACGUCGACAGAAACAACGACGAGUUUUCCGACCGGAAAGAGUCGCCUUUGACCAAUAAUAAUAAUAACGCGAACAAGCAGCUACUCCAGGAGCCGUUCCGGAAACGAUGCGACUCGAUACCCGCGGCCGAUGACGGUGACCAGAACGAAUCUAAAGUGUUGGUUAUUUACACGGGCGGUACCAUAGGCAUGAUCCGAAACUCCGAAAACAGUAAGUAAAUAACAUGCAGUGCAGAUACCGAACAGUAGUCCCACAGGUAAUAUAGGUGUAGGCCCGGUUGAGAUCCGGAUUAAGAGGACGUGAUAUCCGCAUAAACUGCUGUCACCGCCUUACAAGUUACAAUAAUAAAAUAAUCGCUUGGAUGCGAUUGAAAAUGAUACGAGUUUAUGGUCGGGUUAUGGGAAGAUUAUGCGGGAGAUCGGGUCAAGUAGAAAUUUAAGACGGGUUGGCUUACACCGAAUAGUCGGAGCGAAAGUAUGCGAAUCGUCACAAUAUAAAAAUGCCGAUUAAAAAUUAACAUAUCGAGACAUACCUACGUGGUUGCACAGUUAAUGCUCUUGCCUUAAAGUAUUAUAAUAUAGGUCAAUUCACUUUAAUAUUAAAAUUAACAGCACGAAGUCGCCUGUGCUGAAUGCAAGUUUGCAAGACGGAGACAACACACGCGGGCAUUACUACGGCGUGUUAUCUACGCGUUAAAAACGCCUAGAUUAAUAUUUUUUGGACGGUACUCGUCUUUUAUUUCGGAAUACUUAUCGACGUGCUGGUCAGCCAAAACCGCCAUAACAAUGCUUAACAAAUGCAGUCUAAUACGCAAUAAUAUAUUAGUCUCGUUGUAACUCAUUGCAACUCAUUCUCGUGGAAAUGUACGAACAAUAAUAUUAUAUUGAUGUAAUAGAAGUCUGAUGCAGUUUGAACAUUGUAAUCAAUCAAGAGAAACGAGGGGAACAUUGGUAGGUAGAUAGGUCCACAUGGGGUGGGGCUCGUUUUUCUUACUAUAUGAAUUGUAUUAUAUACAAAUGUAUUGUAAUUCGUAAUACGUAAUAAUAAUAAUAAUAAUAUUAUACCAAAGAUUAUUCUACGUAUAUAGUUUCCAGAUUUAACAUUGAAAAUACGCAUUAUAUCGAUAAAGUAGGCAGUCGACUACUGUUUAGAUACUGUAAGUCGAUGCAUGUGGCCAGCACGUGACCAUUCGCGUGUUCUCAUUGCUAAAUAACCGCUAAGAACCGUAUUAAUUGCGUUUUACGUUCAACAAAAGCGGCAUAGCUAACUAUUAACAGUAUUAACGGUCGGUACUUAGUAAACAGAUUCCCCACUGCUGUCGGUCAAACUGGAACGAAAAAAUAGAUACUUAUAAUACCUAUUUACUUACUUAUACCUCGGGUAACGUAAUAAUUAUAUUGCUGCUACGACAACGUUCUCAGAGACCACUUUCGAUUUUUGCGGGUACAUUCGUUGACGGCGACGUGUAACGUAAUGGACGGACGUCAUUAAUGUACGUUUUUGUACAUAUAUAGAUGGCUAUCUUGGUAUAUGGGGUGUGAUCGACUUAUUACGACGAACCAGCGAUUUUAUCGAAGGAUUUUUAAUAGAUUUGAUGUCUGGUUUCUUUUUUCUUUAACGAUUAUGAAAUCGUGUACCUAAGCUUUAUUUUAACAAUAUUUUCAAUUCUUACCCUUACUCUUUAUACUUAACUAAGUAUAUACUCAGUAUUUAUAUUUAUUUUAAAACAAGUAUGCACUUUGGAUUUUCGAUACCCUCCCUUCUACAUAUUUGUCUUCAAAUUUUGAUAAGCAUAAAUAUCGACUAAUAUCGGUAUAAAAUCCCGAUUCACACUUGUACGGCACAACACGGCAAAAAUGUCCAAUUGACAUAUGAUCGACUGGCAACGUACUUAGCUACACUAUUUUAAACGGAUAAUAGUUUGAUUACAGCUUUUUUAUUGUUCAGACGGGUUUUAUAAUUUGACCUUUAUUCGACACGGCAAGGGGGUAAGUUAUCGAGUCAAAAUUUACAAUUUCGACCAACCUAAUUUAUACCGGGUGAUUCAUUUAAGUGGUACACUCAUUAUCUCGGUAAGUAUUAAUUUUGUUUUGGAAUCUGUUUUCUAGAAUAUUCAAGAUAUAAGCGGCUCUAAAAUUUUAUAUUUAUGUUAAUUUUUGUCACCCUUAUUUUUGGGGAUAAAACCAAUAUCUACUUUUGAUUUUACACACCACAAAAAAAUGGCGAAGUGUACACAUCGUCACUUUUUCAAUUAAAUUUUUUAGUUUUUUUUUUUUUGUACAUUUGAAAAUCUUCAAAUCAAAUUGUUGGAAAUUAAUGAUUAAAAUAAUUAUUCGACCAUUGACCGACAUUCUCGCGCACGCUUCACGUUGCGCAUAGUAUAGGUAAUAAUUAUGUGUUAAACCAGCCCCACACGACUCGUGUACUCGGCAAGCACUGUAAUUGCGUAUGUUCGUCGAGUAUUUUGAUUUGAUGAUUAUGUUGCUCCUACGCGACUCGUAGAGCAUCACUAUUGACGAGUACACGAGUCGUGUGAGACUGGCUUUACACAACGCAAGACAAUAUCCAAUCCCCUUAAUAUAAGCGUUUCCUCGAUAAAUACAAUACAAUAGUGCUCGCCGGCUGUCAUGAUGUUAUGAUAUCGCUAUCACGAGUUUGUUGAUAGCAAAACGCCGAAUCGCUACUGUGCAUUGUUAUCAGUGACGUCGAAACAGCCGGCGGCGCUGACAAAACGUGUUAGGUAUAAUAAUACUAUUAUGCAUUUUAUUUAUCGCACGAGGGGGAAAAAAACCAUUUCCAUCUACAAAGAUUGCGUUAACACGGUACACAGAACAGCGAAACUAGUGCAAUUAAAACAAUAAUAAAUACAAGUAUGAAAAAAAAAAAAAUAUAUAUAUCUGUAGGUCGGUGUAAAAAGUAUUAUUACAAGACGUAUUAAAAUGAUUGCGGGCGCUCGUGCGUUAUCGCCGCGAGUGUUUUUUUCCCCAACAAAAGAUUUAUUCAAUCUACGUUUUUAAUUAACGUCACGAGUACGACCGAUUAAUUAGUAAGUCGUACUUAUAUUGACUUAUAUUGAAAAAAAAAAACAACAAAAUCACGAAUCUUUUGGUAGAGAAAAUUUAUUCUCAAUGACUCUCAACGCUAUAUAGAUGGUUUAUAAUAACUCGAAUGAUUUUUUUUCCCCCGAUUCCUUUUACGUGCGCUCUAAUAAUUACGAAUGAAUGCCAUACCCAUUACGCCUGCAUAUUAGAUACGAUAGUCGCCGCAACAAUUAUUAAAUAAUAUUUACUAACGAAUCCAAAUCAUUCGGGCGUAAAUAUUGUUUCGUUUUUUUUUUUCUUUUUAAUACCCCGAUUGAACGUUUAUAUUGUAAUAAUUGUCUGAUAAUUUGUUUGGGCUCUGCGGUUGUGUGCACACAAUUUGUUAUACAUAGGUAUCAAGCCCGGAUUAGGAUGGGGGAGGGGGUUACAUCCCCAUGGCACACAAACACUAUAAGUUGAAUCAAAUAUUUGAUGAACAUUUUUUUUUUUUUUUUUUUGUUGGUUAUUUGUUGCUUUUUAAUAUAACAAGUACCCUUAAUUUGCCCUAAUGAUGAUUAAUUGGGUGUACGGAUGCCAAUUAUUUCCCCUCUAUAUCCUAUUUUCCCCCAACUUUUUAUCUACAACAAUGGCCCACCCGUAGUGAGAAGUAUGUCCGUCCGGGUUUUUUUUUUUACAAAUAAGUAUUUCAUUCAGUGUAAUAGAUUGUGACGUGAAAUUCUAUCGAAGACCUCAUACAAAAAAUUCAAUUCUUCAAAAUAUUUCAGGGUUCUUAUUAUAAUAUUGGUGACCAAACGCGUGUCACUCAAAUUUCCCAAAUGGGCUGUGACUGCUGGGUCAUUAUAGUGCCCAAAUGUCCUUCACCUUUAUUAAUAUAUCUACAAAACAAUGAUGUAGGUAAUAUUAUAGUAAUAAUUUCGUUAUGAAUAAUUUUGAUUUAAUUGAUAUGUUCAUGGCAGUCUUUAACGAUGUAACGUCAAAAAAUAUUCACAGCGUAUUGUCUAAUGCAAUAAAAUGUUUUAAGUUACCCGAUAAUGAAAUUGAAACAGUAUUGGUAAAAUACUACUGUAUCCAUUACCCAUUAAAAAUAAUACUCCGCAAGUUACGUUUUUACAUUAUAUAUAUUAUAUUUGUUUAUUUUGUAAGCAAUCAUAUGCAACAUAUAAUAAUAAUAUAAUAAUAUGUAUAUACUAUUACUUUUUUUGUAUUUUGUGGAAUUGUUCGUCUGACUUGUUUUAUAAUAACUGUUGUUAAAAUAAGUCUGGCAUCCAACUGUUAGUUAAUGUCUUUCAAUGGCGUAAUUAGAGCUAGGUCAUUGGAGGUGGGAUUAAUAUUUUUCUCAGUAGGAUACAAGUAGAAAAUAAAUAUUUCGAGCAAACACAUAACAGGUGACAAUAUAACUCAAUACCUUCCUUGGAUUUAAAGCCAAUUAGUUUAUAGUAUCCUCUGGAUUUACGAAUACACUUUUAUGAACCGCGGCAUUCCUAAUUCAUUUAAUCGAUUCUAACAGUGGGGUCGUCUUCGAUCAUCAUACUACAUGAUUAUCAAAAAUUGUUGUAAACAAAAGAUAAUAAAAUAGUAAUCAUUUAAUUUGGUCAAAACAGUGUAGUACUUUCUAUUACGAAAUUAAAGUGAUAUUUAAAAAAAAAAACAAAUUCGGACACCCAGAUCCCCUAUUCUCGUAAUUACAUUAUUGAUUGGUGUACUUAAUUUCCUUAGUAAUCUCUAUUUAUAUAAGAAUACCAAUUUAAGGAUCUUAUAUUAAUGUGAUACACAAACGUUUUAAAUGCAUACAAAUGUAUAUGUCGAAUUUAAACGCUUUCUUUGAUUUAACAAUUUUUUAUAAAGUUUAAUAAGCUGUAGUUGAACGGAAAUAUAUAUAUUUUUUUUUUGCUCGAGAGCGAUAUUUUUUAGUUUAACGAUCGUUUUUUAAGAGUCCAUUUAUCUUUAGUGGUACUUCCUAAUAAUUAUUAUAUAAAUACACAUGUAGGUAUGUAAAAUGUACGUUGCAAUAAUUAUGGUAAUAUCUUCUAACGAAUUGUAUAAUUAAUACAUUGCAUAUAAUAUGUUUAACUAUCUAGUUUCCACUUACAAUAUUUAUCUAGAAAAAUAAUUGUUCCGGACUACGACGGGUAUACAUACAUAAUUUACUAUAAAAUAUUAUUUGAAGUACAUACAAAUUUUAUAAUAUUGCAACUAAUCUGUGUAGAUCAUAUUAUUCUAUAUACCCAAUAUUAUUCUACAUCUAAAAAAAAAAAACCGAAAUCAACUGAAAUCCUUGUUAGAUAAAUAUUCUCGGUUUCCUCUCAUUAUUAAGAAAAAUAGGUACGAAGGAAAUAAAAUAAGACGGUUAUACAUUGCAUGAUAGGUUUUCUAAGUUUUUUCCAAUUAUUAUUAAAACCACUUGGAAAAUCAAAAAGAUGCUUUUUCUCAAAGUACCACCCACAUAGUAUUUUCUUUUAGAAAAGAUAUUACAUUUGAAAAUCGGAAUAAAAUUUUGCUUAAAGUUACUUACAGAUAAAAAAAAAUAAAAUAAAAUCAACAUUGUGAAACAUUCCUCACUUUUCUCAGAAUCUAAAAUUUCUUCAACGCAUCGACUAGAUACAAUUUUUGACUAGAAACCUCCUCUGCAGGGCCCUGGUAUUGAUUAGAGGAUGACUUAGUCUCUUGGUCGAAAACUUGUUCAAAGACAAAAAAUGAUGCUUGGUUAUUAUUAGUGUUAUUAUUAUUUUUAAUGAACAUUUAAUAAUUGCAUUUAUAAUAUUAAUAACCUAUUUGGCUAAUUCGCUUUGCAUUCGAAUACGAACUCGUGUAUUAUUUAAAGUAGGUACCUAAGUACUUCUGCACGAAUGUAUGAUGGACUGCAAAGCUAAGCCAGUUCAUUAUAUUAUGAUAUUAUAGUAAUUUUAUUAUAGUGUCGUAAAUAAAACUCAAUAAUAUUAUAUUAAAGCAAAAAUAAUAACGACUUUUAAUUUAAUUUUAAUACCCACCUACGGAUAAAUUCGAUAAAGACGAACAAAUAAAAAAAAAAGGUUUCGAAUGAAUUCAAUUAAAAUGUAUACAUCCGUGUAGAACAAAACAACUGAAAACACUAAUUAUUAUUGUUAAUUUUUUUUUUUUUUACAUUUAGGUUUGGUUAAAUAAUAUAAAAUAUGAGUGUAUGACUUUUUCCUCCAUACAAUAUAUCCCAGUUGUUUAUAAGCGUUUUUUUUAAUCUCUACAUAAUAUGUAAUUACUAUAUCUUUUAUUUGCAAUUUUAUAAUACCUUCUUUUCGGGACGUAUACAAGGUAUAAAUAGGUUAUUGAUAUAGUUAAAAACGCGAAUAUACUUCUGACAGUUAAAAAUGCUAACAGAUGUUUUUAAAUUAUUCUUAUUAGCUAAUUUAAAAAUACGAAAGGACUUUUCUCGAAAUUACAUUUUUCCUAUAGUGUUAUAUUACUUAUAACGCUUUAUUAAAGUUAUCUAUCUACGUUCAGUUUUACACAAACAAAAAAAAAAAAUCGUUAGUUAUUUAUGUAUACAACUCCAUAUAGACAAUAUGAUUAAUCAUAAUAUAUGGAUAUGUUUUUCAACACUAACUUUGAAACUCUGUUUUAACCCCUUAGGAGAUGAAUUUUUGAAAUCGGCCGAAUUCACGUUUGUAUUAUUAUUUGAUGGAUUAUUUACUUAAAGUUUUGAGUUGUUCAAUGGUUUUUAAAAGUUUUUCUAUACGAACUUUGAUAUCCUUUUUAAGACCUUGGAAGUUGAAUUUCAAACUGUUCUUUUUUAGUGGUUGCUUAUAGUGUAUAGAAAAUCUCUGUGAAAAGUUUCAAGUUUCGAGUUUUAUAAUAGGCUAAUACACUUGAAUAUUAAAAUUAACGGCACAAAUUUUGUUAAAGUAUAGAUAUAAUAACAAUAUGGGUUUCAUAACGUUUACCGUAAUAGAUAUAUUAGUCAGUUUCUUAUUUUAUAUAAUUUAUACAGAUUCUGGCGUUUUAUUUCAUGAAUGACGUUCUUGGUCUUCUACUUUUUGUCUUUCUACCAUCAAUGGUCUAUUCCUCAAGCCUUGCUAACUUCUUCCAAAUUUUCGGUUGAUAAAGCUAUAUCAUCUGCAAACACCAUGUACCGUGAUAUCUCUUCUCACCUAUUGUACUCUGUACACUUCCGAGAUAAAAAAAUUAGCCCAAAUCUUAUUUAGAACACCACAUACUGUAUGACAGAAUUUUACACUAGCUUUCGACUUAAUGCAACCACCUUAUGAUAGGUAGAGGUACCGUGGGAAUAUUAUCCAGUACCUGAACCUAAACACUGUAAAAUUUGAAAUUAAAAAAAGUACGAUAUUUCUAUUAAUAUAAUGACUGGAUUGGUUUUUUUUUUUUAUCGGUUACGUGUAACGUAGUGCUGGUUCCAAGUAAAAGAAACUCCUUAGAUUUUCUAAUGGAAACCAAAAUGCGCCGAGACCCCCGAUUGUACGACGCGAAAUACGCUCUACACAAAUACGGACAGUCGAUGAAUUGCAGUCCACUUGUAUUGCCGUAAGUAUCAGAAUUAAUUGUUUGACCUACAUAUAACCUACUUGUAUCUGUAUCUAUUAAUUUUUACGAUAAAAAUCGAACCUGUGCAGCCACGUCAAGGGACUACGACGGAUCGUUUACUCAGUGUACCAGUAUUCGGAACUUUUGGACUCAAGCAACAUGUCCAUGAGUGAUUGGCGAAGUAUAGCCGAAGACAUAUGGGUGAGUAAUAUAGGGCGUUUUUUUUUUAGUAAAUAUUUACUUGGUAUACACUCUCCAUUCUUCAACAAAUAUCCAAGAGCAGAUAGACCAAGCAUUUUUAACUUAUGGUCCUUCUCUAUAAUAAGUAGUUACUUCUUUGUCUCACUAGUGAUAAAAUAUAAAAUAAUAUUAAAACAUUUCAUGUUUCGUUGAAAACUCUACUAAUUCAAUAAUUUACCAUUUGUUUUCUAAUGGAGAACACACAGUAAACAAAAUCUUACCAUACUGAGUGUCAAAUAGACGUUAUUAGGCGUUCAUUAAUUAUAUAUUAAACCUCCUUUAAAAUUGCUUUUUAGGUUUGAAAUAAUUAUUAACACAAAACAUCAUACUGAAAUAAUUGUACUCCAAUAAUAAUGCAGUUGAUGGACAUAAAAAAAAAAUUUAGCUGAAAAUCUGUAUCGCCUCCUGAAACAGAUUUUCAAUACUAAUGCAUAAUGAUCUUUAUGAUAACGAAUUACCCGGGGUAUUCACAAAAAUCACGGACACGUUUAAUGCCGCAACUAGGGAUUCUGUCGCCUAGGCGCAGCUAAUAUUUCUGAACACUUUGUUUCUUUUAGACAUUCUUCAUUCUCAAAAAAUGAUGAGACCUCUUUGUGGGAGGUGAUGCAUAUCCAGCACCUUCGCUAUUUGUGGCAUUGGAUAUAUUUUAUCAAUGUGUACGCUAUAGAAUACUAUUAAUUGUACAUUAUUUUUGUUUCACAGCAAGCCUACGAACUUUAUGACGGAUUUGUCGUCCUACACGGAACUGACACGCUGGCAUACACUGCAUCUGCGUUAUCGUUCAUGUUUGAAAACCUCGGAAAACCCGUUAUCAUUACGGGUGCACAGGUAUGAUAAUAUUUUACAAUUAUAAUAAUAAUAUUUAAGAUUCUGAGCGAAGCAAAGAAUUCAUUGGUUUUACUAUGAUGUGUUAUUUUGUGUGUGUCUGUUAACAGCUUUUCUAUUGGAAAUCUUGCUCCAAUAAAAAAUGUAUAAAAACUUAGCAAGUACCUGUAGGUCCUUAGCAUUUUUGAUCUAUAAAAUCAGGUGUUUCAUAAAGAACGCAGUAUUUUAAAUGAUGGUUAAUUUUUUGUUGUUACGUUAGCGGCACUGUUCUUAUAAUUUCUGUAAUCUAUUGUUGUUGUGGUUAUUAUUGAUUGAUCAUUAUAACGUUUAUUUUGUUUAUUUAUUAUUAUGGAACGGUAUACAAUCAAGCAACGUGUAUUGUUUGUCAAAAACCAUUUUAAACACGGUGAAUGAAUUGUGGCAACUGUUAACAAACUCCUUAAAUAUCCUUGGAUAUAUAAAUAAACAAGAUUGUUGAAUUUAAGGAAAUAAGAACCCAAAGGAAAUCAAGGAAAAGCAAUUGCAUCCACAGCGUGUAAUCGUUUGGUCUGUGAAAACGUGAUUAAGAAUUUUAUCGGCAGUCACUUCGUGUUGAGCGAGCAGAGGCGAUCAUGUGCACAAUAUCGUGUUUCACACCUAAACCUUGAUUCACAAUGAAACGAUAUGUAUCAUUGAUAUUGUACCUAUUUCUUAUAAAAUACAAUUGAUUUAUAAUAAAAUUAAAAACUGCGUUCUUUGUGCAUCUUUUAGUUGGUGAAUUAGUAAGGUCAUUUUUCGUAGUUUUCUUAAUAAAUGGGAAAAACUAGUAAUUUAUUGUAUAAUUUUUGUUGAUUUCUGGGUAAAAAACGACAAAUAUUGCCCUGCUUAGAAUCAUUUUUUAUUAGCAACAGCUUAUACAGAUACAAAUUUAAUUACUGUAUAUGUAUAUCCCCUCUUCCAAUUUUCUUUCUAAAACAGUGGGACAUCCAUAAGCAGUAUUAGCCUUUUUAGAUAUUAGAUAGGGUGAAAUCACCAACUAUAGAAUUCUUAAACAUCGUUUCCUAUCAAUAAUUGCUUUGAAUUGAAUGAGAAAUUUUUAUUAAUAUUUUAAAAUUGCAUUUUCCCGUUUUAUGGCAAUCAAUGUUAUCAACUGUUUUUGUAAUAAUGAAAACCAUCCAGCAAUUUAAUUAAUAGCAGGGCUAAUAGACUUUAAGUAUGACUAGGUAGAGUGACUCUGUUCCACAUGAUCGCGUUUUCAUUUUCAUUCCAGCGCUUAAAUAAUACUAAUACGCAAUGCGCAUACUUUCAGCUACCCGUGUUCGACUUGCGAAGUGACGGCAGCGACAAUUUCGUCUCCAGUCUGCUGAUAGCCGGAAACUAUUGUAUUCCCGAGGUGACCAUACUGUUCCACAAUAAGCUUUUGCGCGGUAAUCGUACCGUCAAGGUGGACUGUGAGAGCUUCGCCGCUUUUGACUCGCCGAACUUGCCUCCACUGGCUGUUAUCGGAAUCGACAUAAACGGUACCUAUACCUUCAUACCAAUAAAAAUGAAUCGUUAUCACCGUUUUAUGUUUUCAUUAAUAUAAUUUUUCUUUGUUCACGCAAUAUAAUAUUACAGUGUCGUUUAGACAAAUUUUCCGGCCCAGGACCAUCGAAAAAUUCAGGGUACAACUGCAACUCGACGAGAACGUAAGCUUGUUGCGCAUUUUCCCCAACAUAACGGCCGACACGGUAUGGUAUAUCAGACCUUUUGUAUUGUGUAAUAUUAUUCUAAUACGAUAUCGCCGGGGAAUAUAUCAUAACAUAGGUAAGAACUUUCCUACAACCACCGAUACGAGGAGUGGUCCUUCAGACUUACGGAGCCGGAAAUCUGCCGUGUAAUCGAGUGGAUAUCAUGGCCGCACUCAAGGAAGCCACCGACCGGAACGUUAUUAUAUUCAACUGCAGUCAGUGCUUCAAGGGUUCGGUAACGGCCGUAUACCAAACAGGUUACGUACGUAUAUUUACCCUGUACAUUAAUUUAACUUGUACUAAGUAUAAUGUAUUAUGCUACAUAAAUACCAGUCGAAUUAUAUACCGUUUUAAAUGAUUACAGUAGAUUAAUGUAUCAAUCGUCUACUAUACCGUAGCGUUAAAGGGAUUUUUGGUGUUUACUUUAACAGGUGUUGAAUCAAGUCGGUGUUAUUUCGGGCAACGACAUCACACCCGAAGCGGCUCUCGCUAAACUCUCGUACGUUCUCUCCAAGGACGACUGGGACUUCAACACCAAACGGAUGGUACGUACUCGUGUGAAUAAUAUAUGUCACAAGUCUUUCUAUAUUCAUUGUACAGUAUUAGUACACGGUCUUGGAAGUUAAGGCCGGGACUCGACUAUCUGUUCUGUGUUAAUUUUGGGGUCGCUUGGAGGGGCAGUUUUAGUUCAUUUUUUUACCAUUUUUUUUAGAUAGUGGCUGCAACCUAAUCUUUUUGAAAUAUCUACAAUUUUCGAAAAUGUACUGUUGUUUUUACAAAUUUUCACGUACGUAUUAGUAUUUCCCCCCUCCCCUCUCUCAAUCAAGAAUUUGAAUAUUGAAAAUAUUUAGCAUGUAAUUAGCAUGACUGCGUGACUGGUUCCGAAAUUUGCACGACACUUUCCGUCAGUAAAUAGCGGUUUUAAAGAUUUGCGCAUUUCACCAGUUUUUCCCUACCAUUUGAAAAUUUCAAUUUUUUUAUAUUUUACCAAUAUUUUACCACGAUAAAUUCAUGUUUAUCACGAUUAUCGUCUUUAUAUCACUUUAUGUUUAUUAAGUGUUAUAUUAAUUAAUCAUUUAGUAUAUGAACUCUUAAAACAUGAUGACGUUGAUAAUAAAAAGUAAAAAUUUGAAUAUUAAAAAAAUCUUUAAAUUCAGUAUUUUAUAUUAUAUAAAUGCAUUUGUUAAAUAUUGUAAAAUAACAUUUCACAUGCUACUGAAGCUGUUUCUUUUAUCUCCUUUGUGUUCUUGGUAUACUAUGAUAUAAAAUAUAAUAAUAAAAAAUGUAUAGUUAAAUAUAGAAACAAAUCCUACAGUUUCAAUACAUUUAUUAAGUCCACUGAUAAAGUCGAAUAUUCCCCGAAAAAAGAUUAUUGCACCAUUUUCGAUAACUAUGUAUAAACAAUAUACAAAUACAUAUAAUUAAAUGUUACACAUAAACAGAAUACCAUAUUAAGUUACCAAAAAAUAAUUCGGUUAGGUUAGGUGAAAUGUCCAAAUCUGUAAAACUGCUACUGGCGGGAAACUGUCGUGCGAAUUUCGGGACCAGUGAUGCAAAUUUAUGUUAAUUUCAUACUAAAUAUUUGCGUUGAAAAAAUUCCGAAAAGUUGAAUUUAAAAUCCGGGGGAGUAGGACUGGAGAAAUGUUUUCCCAGCUCUUCUGGGUUUUAUUUUUGGUAUAACAUCUAAAUUAAAGGCAUGUAAAUUCAUGUUGGUUGCAUACUAAAUUUGACACAAAAAAAUUUAAAUUUUCGAAUGAGGAGGGCUGAUGAAAUGAACGUCAAUAUAAUUAUUUAUUUAAAUUAGUUAUAAUUCCAUAAUGUACAUCAGUUACGCUCAUCGUAAUAUUUAAAUAGCGGAUAAAGUUUAUAGAUAUUAAAAUCGCCUCUCUUUAAGCGGCUGCGUUUGUUUUCUUCAAUUAAUUUUGCGUACGUUUAUUAUAAAUUAUUAUAUUUUAAGCUACUCAUCAUCGCCGCGGUUAUUAAACUGAUAAAACAUUUGUUUUAUCCUCAUUCCAGACCUUGUAGGCCUUAUCAUUUGUAUUUGUCUGAAUUCUGUUCAACAGUGCUAAGGUUUUUUAUAUGGUUCAUAUACAUAACAGUAUUAUAUUUAAAAAAAUAUAUACAUAUUAUUAUUAUGUACAAGAUAUUCAUAUUUCAGCCAUGCAACGUUUUGUAAAAAUAACACUAUGCUAUUUAUAAUUACUUUACUUUAUUAUAUAUUAUAUUUCAGAUGCUUAGUGCGAACUUGAGAGGAGAAAUGAGCGGCGCACCACCCAAGCCCGCCAAGAAGAAUCGCGCCGCAGACGAAUGGGAUUUAGUGGACGCCGUUGCGCGCACCCUGUUGCACGUUAACGGUUCACAAGAAUUGAUCACCCUCGGCGGCGUACUAUUCCCCGCGAUGUUGGGCAAUGCCGUCGUCCGGUCGGACCUAAGCAAAUUGGACGAACUCAAAGGCUUCGUGAGUAUACAUAUUAUUUCAUAUACAUUUAUUGUGAAAUUUUUGAAAAAUAAACAAAUAAAAGUAAUUUUUUCUAGCGAUUAAGGGAUAAAAAUACAAAUUUAAUCUUUCUUUAAAUGUAUUGUUCAAAAUCCAAUUAUUGCAAAAAAUGAAAAAAAACAAACAUUUAUAAUAUAUUAUAUACGUAUAUUUAAUAUCGCGACGACAACAAUAACAUUAAAUCAUCAUCGUUAUGCAUUAUGUUUAGGGCGCGGACUUUUCUGCACAGAACGCCGACGGCCGUACAGCUCUGCACCUGGCGUGCGCCCUGGGCGAUGUACGAAUUGUCCGGUACCUGUUGUUGAACGGCGCCAGUGUUCACAUCAAAGACCAGUGCGUAUAACUCUUGUAGAUUUAAAUAUUUGUUAGCGUUAUUGUUAGGCGCGUAUAACCGACAAGAGGGCGAGGGAUAAUCAAAUCACUGCGACCCCCCUACAAAUUCUGAACGCUUUAGAUAAAAAAAAAAACCCCCGUUUUUUUCAGUUUUGAACGAACUCCGCUGAUCGACGCUGUCGAAAACGAUCGAGACGAAGUGGUGGCCCUUUUGCGACGGUGCGGUGCCCAUCUAAAUUCACCCGCCAAACAUGUUGGCCAACAGUUGUGCAAGUGAGUAUAUAUAAAUACAUAGCCGACGAAACACGGUUUAGAAUAAAAAUCUGCUAGUACACGACGACUAAGGGCAAGGCCUAAACAAGACCAUACUUUAAGGGGGGUUUUGAGUGUUUAGGCCCCUCCCCGAAAUGUUUUCGUGUUAUAUUAUAAUAUGCUACAUCAAAAAAUAACCUAUACGAUAUUAUAAAAAAAUUAAUACACCACACAUGUUUAGUUUACGACCUCCCCACUCCCUCUCGAAAUAAUUUUCGAAUUACGGUCAUGGUCCACAGGUUUGAGAUUUAUAUAGAAUUUGCUUUUAUUUUCGGCUCAACUCAGAAAUCUAGCUUCUAGAGUGCUACGCCAAUUUCCGAAUAAACUAAGAUGCACCCAUGGCCACAUGACCAGUAUUUCUGCUAUGACCACUAAUUUUUAAUUUUAUUCAUGAAUUGUGUAAUUUUGUAAUUAGAUCUUCCACAUGGUUAUUGUUGCAUUCAUAUAUAUUAAUUUAUUUACUAAGUGAUCUCAAUUAUUGCAUAAACAUAAAUAUCAUAGGAUGACUAUAGAACGGGAAAACGCAAUUUUAAAAUAUUAAUACUAAUUGUUCACUUCAUAAUGUUCUUAAGACUUUGAAAUUCAAAUUAUGCAUUGAAAAAUGUAUAGUGUAUUUGUGAUUGAAUUUUUUUCAAUAACCACAGAUAGAAUGAGUCAAAUAUUCACAAGAAAAAUUUCUUAGGAUUACCAUAGGAUUACCAUAGGUGGCGACUCCACCUAUGCCACGUUAUACCGAUUUCAAAAGUAUAAAAGUGCUUACAACUUCGGUGAUUAUUCUUAAAAAAUACUUUUUUAUGAAUUCGUAUGCUUUUAUAUUUUAAAUGCUCUUCCCGAGCCCUGAUCGCCAUGGAUUAUUGGUACGUGUGUGAAUUAUCUAUUCGUUGGGCAAUAUUACAUGUUAUUAAUAUCAUAUACAAGUAUUGCGUGCAAUGAUCGUUCGACUGGAAGCGCUUGCGAAUCGAGGAAUUAUUCGAAUGGAACGGUAUUUUUCAAGAAAAUAUUUUUUUUACGGAAUUUAUAGUCGCAUAACGUAAUAAAUCCGGAAAAUGAUCAUUAUGAAACAUUUUUAUUACUUCUUAAAGUAGACGUUUUCAAAUCGCAUUAUUUCCCCAUUGACCUAUACCCAAUGUGGGUUUUUUCGAUUUUAAUUCCGACAUGGGCGCGCGAAGGGAAUGAGUAUAGACGCGUAGACGAAACAAUAAGUGAUAUCGGGUUAGUCUGGAAAUCAGGCGCGUAUAUAAGAGUUGAGGGUAUAAGGGGUUUAAAACCCUCUCUGAAAUUUAAAACAUGCUACUUCAAAUGCAUCAUGCACAAACUAAUUCAAAAUGCUAACUGUGAACCGUUUUACACAUUGGUUUAUAUAUUGUUAUAGUAUAGUAAUAAUAUAGUAUUUUAAUAUUAUAGUAUUUUAUUAGUAUUAUAGUGUUAUAGGUAUUUUAACAUUCCGGAUUUUACAUUUCAGCGAUUUUACACUUUUUUACACUUUCACAGUCUUCCCUAUCGACUUCAACACAGUCGCCGUCACGGUCUAUAAUGACUUUUUUUCCCUCGAUAUCCAAUAGGUCCAUACUAUUUUGUCACCUAUGUAAAACCGAAUAGUGAGCCGAUAUCGAAAUUCAUAGGAACGCGUUUUGCCCAUAUCCCAAAGACAUUUUGACGUUUUCCCUCCGAAAAUAUCGGGCGAGUAUCGGUUACUCACCACUAAAAAUGUGUGUCUCGUUACUCUUUACAGCGCCGCGGCCAAGGGGAAUGUAUCGCGGCUGCAAUCGUACACGGUCGCUGGAGCCGACCCGAUCACGGCCAAAGACAUGUAUGGCAGGACGGCAUUACACGCGGUAUGUUUCUCGUCCACAUAAUUCGACAAUAAUAAUACAGGGCGAUCACGAACCAGCGAUUUUCUCGAAGGAUUUCAAGUGGAUUUAGUUAUAUUUUUUGAAUGAAUCGUUUAAACAUUAUUUGAACAAUAUUUUCAAUUUUUACCUCUAUUCCUUACACAUACAAUAUUAGUAUUCACUAUGAUGGAUCAAAUAAAAAAAAUUAUUUUAUUUCCUUAUUACAUUUUGACGAUUUACAGUUGUCCAACGAUAAUUUUAACCGAAAAAAAUAUUAAAAAUGGAUACAAAUUAAAUUAAUACGUUAUGCACAUAAAAUCGAUACGGGCGAACUGGACAUUUUUUUUUUUUUGCCGUGAAUUUAGAUUCAGUAAAUCCGAUAUUAUAGUGUUAUAAUGUCUACAUCAAAAUUUGUAGAAAAAUAUGCUUCAUUUUAAUUUUUGUUCAAAAGAGUGAGGUAUUGAUUUUUGAAAAUCCUAAGUGCAUACUCAUAUUACAGGUAAACAGGUUAAAAAUUAAUGAAAAUAUUGUUAAAAUUAUGCUUAAACUAUUAAGUACAUAAUUAUAAAAAAAAAAAAAAAACAACCAAACAAAAAUCGAAUUCAUUUAAAACCCUCCGAGAAAAUCGUCGAUUCAGGUAAUAACCAAUAGUAUAUUAAUAACUAAUAUGACCAAUUUAUAUUUGCGUAGGCCGCGCUCACCAACCAGCCAGAAGUGGUGAAGUACUUGUUAUCCCUGCAGACGGAAGGGUUGGGAUCCUCUGGUCCGCCGGUCGACCUCAUGGGUGUCACUCCGAUAGACUUGGCCCGGGCGGCCGGACACGCCGAGCUCGCCGACAUGAUCCAGCAGCAUUACAAACGCAUACCGGCCAGCGGCGACGACAAACUGUUGUACAAACUACACUGAUCUAAUUUAACUUUUUAUAUUAUUACUAUUAUUUACUAAGAGUUUACAAUAUUAUCAUGUAAGUGUUUAAAACGCGCGUAGUGGAAUGCGCUAUACUGUAUUGUGUAGGUAGGUAGGUAGAUAAGUAGGUUGGUAUACUGGUGAAUAAAAUUAGUAGAAACCAAAUCUACCCUAUUGUUAGGUAUAGGUACCUGAUAUUUACCACGAUCUUAUGCUGUCGUUAAUUAAUAAUUGUUGUGAGAGUUUAUUGUUUUAUACACAUCUCAAAUAAUAGGAUGGAACUCAUAUAAAAGAAAAAAACAUGAACCAUACAUUUUCAGCACUUAUGUAAUUAUAUUUUUUUUUUUUUUUUUAGUUACGGUCCUUAAGACCAUCCUGAAAACGCUAAACUUUGCCACCUAUCCCUGUCCUCCGCCACUUCUCUCCAUUUGACACCAGGCUCUAUCUUUUCCAUUUCUCUCUUCACACCAUCUUCCCAUCUUAACUUAGGUCUACCUAGUGGUCUUUUUCCAUUAGGCUCUUCCUCGAUCACCCAUUUUACCAAAGUACCCUGUUUGCGCCAAGCAUGUCCUGCCCAACUUAGUUUCCGCUUGGCGAUCUCUCUAACUAUAUUCGGCCUCUGGAAAAGUCCUUGGAGUUCCACGUUAUGAAGUUUUCUCCAUUCAUUCGUUUGCCUAUCGUAUAUCGGGCCAAACAUUUUCCGCAGAACUUUUCUCUCGAAUAUCAUUAAUCUUGAUUCUUCUGUUUUUCUCAGCGCCCAAGUUUCUGAGCCGUAUAGAACAAUCGGUCUUAGUAGAGUCAUGUACAUUUUGAUUUUUAGGGCUUUGGAUAAGGCCUUCGAUUUCAAGACUUUUUCAAGUCCAUAAUAUCCUCUAUUCGCUAGUUGUAUCCUUGUUGACACCUCUGUAUUGAUGUCGUUAUCCUCCGUUAUAAUCGACCCUAGAUACUUAAAUUGAGACACUCUUUUGAACUUGAGUUCUUCAAUUUUGAUAUAUUGUUCCAGACCACCAUUUCUAUUUCUUCGGCUAGCCACAAGGUACUCUGUUUUUUUCCUCAUUAACGGUUAGGCCCAUUUUUUUUGCCGUAUUUAUUAGAUUACUUCCCAAUCUCUUUAUCAUGUCUAAAUCUUCACCAAGGAGAGCGAUAUCAUCCGCAUAUGCUAGCAUUCCAAUUCUGAUCUGUCCUAAUAUAACUCCCUCCGAAAUGUUCAUCUCACGUAUUACCCUCUCCAGUACUAAAUUAAACAGCACUAGAGACAAAGCAUCCCCUUGCCGAAGUCUUGUCGUUACUCUAGUUGGCUGCGAUGUUACGUUACCUUUCUUGACCUGUAUAUCUGUAUGAUUGAGACUGGCUCCAAUGAGAUUAAUAAUUUUUCUGGGAAAUUUGAAAUCUUUGAGAAUGUUUUAAAGACUUUCUCUAUGUAUAGUGUCAUAAGUUUUUCUGAAAUCCACAAAUAACACGUGUACCUUCUUGUCAAAUUCCAAACGUUUUUGGAUGAUUUGUCUUAGAAUGAACAUUUGGUCAGUUGUGGAUCUAUUGGUCCUAAACCCACCCUGGUAGUCACCUAUUAUAUUUUCGGCCUUGGGUACUACUCUAUCAAGUAGACAAUAUGAUAAGACUUUAU